AUGGCUACUGUCACCUGGAUGUUCCUGCAGGCUUUGCCCUUCGUUUUGAUUAUAAUAAUAUUUGUGAAAGUGAUUUCCCUGUUGAAGAAUAGGCAAAAGCUCGUAGCAUCGUUCAAAAAUUUCCCUGGACCUAAGCCACACUGGCUAUGGGGGAACAUGCAAGAGUUGACGGGGGACUUCCAGGGGAUGCUUAGGGUGGCAGACUACGCCGCAAAAUAUCACGGAGCUUUCCCCGUAUGGAUGGGCCCUACAGACGCCUUCCUGAUGACGGUUCAUCCUGCUACGGUUCGCAGCGUUCUCUCCGGCACGGAUCCGAAAGACGAAUUUUCCUAUUCUUUAAUGCGGCCUUGGAUUGGGGAUGGGCUAUUGCUGAGCUCUGGAAAGAAAUGGGACAGAAACAGGCGAAUGUUGACGCCUGCGUUUCAUCAGGAAGUCAUUAGAAACUAUGUGAAGAUUUUUUACCAAUCAGCACAAGAGUUACUGAAAAAAUGGGAGGGAGUUAAGGAGCCGGUAGAGACAUUUCAUCAUAUCAGCUUGUUGACGCUGGACAGUAUGAUGAAAUGUUUGUUUGGAUACACCAGCCAUUGUCAAAAUGAAAGAGUUCGUCAUCCAUACAUACAAGGUGUCUAUGACGUAUCUGAACAGAUUGUCAAAAGAAUCACAAACCCUCUUCAUCAUUUUCAGUUUAUUUACGACUUGUCAGCGAAUGGAAAAGAAUUCAGAAAAACCUGUGACAUAAUCCACGAGCAUUCCGAAAAAAUCAUUCGUGAUCGCCGACAGCUGAUCGCCACAGAAAAACCAGGAUCCCGUCCUAUAGAUUUUCUGGACAUUUUACUUUCAGGAAGGGACAGUGACGGAAAUGGUCUCUCUGACCAAGAAAUUCGGGAUGAGGUGGAUACGUUUAUGUUUGAGGGUCACGACUCUACGGCCAGCUCGAUGUCUUGGUGCCUUUACAAUCUGGCUAAACACCAGGACUGUCAAGACAAAUGUCGGGAGGAGAUACAGCAGCAGUGGGGGGACAAGGAGGAUAUCACGUGGGAAGAUCUAAAUAAACUUGAAUAUACAUUUAUGUGUGUGAAAGAGAGUAUGCGAAUGUAUCCACCUGUACCAAAUGUUUCUAGAUGUGCUGAAAAAGACAUAAAAUUGCCUGAUGGCAGAAUAAUUCCAAAAGGAGUCCGUAUGGCUGUUUCCCUAUUUGCUCUUCACAGGAACCCGGAAGUGUGGCCAGAACCGGAAGAGUAUGAUCCGUCCAGAUUUUCCCAAGACAGCAUGAUAUACCAAUCCGCAUACAUGCCAUUUUCUAUAGGACCAAGAAACUGUAUUGGUCAACUGUUUGCAGUCACACAGAUUAAAGUCAUAAUUCCUACUCUGAUACGCAAGUUCCGGUUUACAUUAGAUCCGAGUCGCCCAGCGGAACCUGAGAGCAUGCUGAUUCUGCGCAGUAAAAACGGACUGUAUCUCAAUAUUAAUCCUGUGUAA